AUGGACCCAAAUGGAUUUGAUUACAAGGCUCUCCGCAAUGCAGCUCCAAUGCCUUCAAACCCUCCCUUUUCAAUGCUGCAAAAGCCUAGCAACCCGCGAAAGCCCUUCGCCUCUAUUCACACCCAAAGUAGAAACCAAACCGAAAACCGCUUAGCUCCCCCUUCUCAUAUAGCGCAUGGCCCUGGCUCCCGACAUGCGCUCGACACACAUAAUUUCAAACAAGAACCCCACGAUGCCAUCAUGUUCUCUGCAAAUCGUCAAGCCAUACCUCAGCCACAGGGAAAAACGCAAACAAGUAAAGUCAGAGCAUUUACGAUGGGGAAUGCGGUGCCUGAGGACCAGCAUUUUACACCACGUUACUCUUCUCCAAACCCAGCCUCUCGACAUGUAUCGGAACUUGCCCAUCUUCAGCCCCACAACCCCCAGAAGCUCCCUCCAUCUCGUUCACCGUCCUUUGCCUUAGAACAAGAACUCAACACUGAGGAUGACGACGUCUCCCAACUGCUGGCACGACUACGGGAUAGCAAACAAAUCAAGGCUAAACUUACCGAACAACUUCGAAUCAAUACCGAACUUGAAUCUCGUCUAUCUUCUCAGCUUGCUGCAAGUGAAGCCUCGGAACACACCCUCAAGCGUCGAAUCAAUGAGCUAGAAGAUCGGGAAGCCACGCGAAGAGCUCAAGCAGAAGAAGAGUUGCGUAUGGCGAAAGCUCAGUCAAACGACUUAGAAAGAAGGUUCCAAGAGCUGUCUAUCCAAACUAACCAGUUGCGAACGGCUGCAAAAAGCGGUGUUGAGAGUUUAACGAAUAACUACAACGAAUUGCAAACGUAUGUCAAAGAACUCAAGACCCAGUACGAUGCUUCUCAGGCGUCACUCCAAAACCUUUCCCUCGAACUCAACACCAUCCGAAAUAAUGUCGCAGAGAAUCUAAGAGGAAUCGAGGCCGCAGACGAUAUCAGCCGUUCAACGGAAACGCGAGCGCUAAUUGAUGAACUCCAACAGGAUCUUAUAAGCUCCCAGCAAGUGAACGAUAUGCUACGCGACAAGCUCCACCUCCUAAGUGCCCAGUUUGUUGAAGCCAAGGAACGGAUUCUGGAUUUAGAGCAGAAAAGAGAGGGCAAAAUUGAGCGUGUUGAGGCUCGGCUGGAGGAGCUUACUUCCGCGACGACCAAACAAACCGAAGAAGGCGCUCGAUGGUUCGAAGAAAAAUUAACAUUGGAGUCUCGUUUGAAGGAUAGCAAUGAAAAGCUCCUGGAGACUAUGAACAACCGAAAGACCAGAGAAAUCGAGUUAGACAAUCUCAAUGAUAAAGUGGCACUAUUGAAUGAAAGGAAACUCGAGCUGGAGUACCAAUUGCAAGAAGAAAGGUCGAGAAAUGCGACACUUGAAGAGGCAGUUUCCGACACGAACCGCUUGCAAGCCGAGAAAGCUUCCUUGGAGCGUUUAGUGCAAGAACAGACUGAAAUAAUUUCUACUUUAAGAGCUGUUGAAGUCGAGGCGGGAACUCUCAAGGAAGGGUAUGUUCUCAAAUUGUUGUUGUUGUGUUGCUUGGUCCCAUUCUUCUGCAGAAAUGACGUGCUGCAAGGCAAAGUCAAGGAGCAUCUGAGCCAUAUCACAUUGUUAGAGCAAGAACUAUCUCUUGUCAAGGACGAGCUUGUUUCGUUCAAGUCCCAAUUGACGGACAGUUGCUCCAAAUUGGUGUCAACCGAGGACUUGCAUCGACAGACGACGGCAAAACUUGAGCUAGCUGCCGAUCGGGCUCGCCAACUGGAAUUACAACACGUCCAACAAGCUGCACAGGCAACUCAGCUGAAGAGGGAACUGGAUCAGGCUAACGAACAAGUACAAUGCAUACGAGGAGAGCUCCAUGAUUCCAAAGCGGGAACUCAAUCAGCGGUUGAAAUGGUGGCUGCCGCAAAUUUACGCGAGUCGUUGCUGCAAGAGAAGGUUUCCCAAUUGACCGAGCGGGUCAACACUCUGAGUGCAGAUACCUUAGUUAAAGAGGAGGACUUAAGAAAGGCUCAUAUGAAUGUCGCGAUACUCCAAGAGCGCUUCGAGGCUCAAUCCAUCACCUUGAAACUCUCCAAAGAGCAGAGUGGGGAUCUCCAAGAGCGUUUACUUGUGGCCGAGAAAAGUCAUGCGGCUGAGCUUGAAUCGACAAUUGGAAAAUGCAACACCGAGAUUGCGGUGCUCCGCGAACAGAAAGCUGGUCUUCAAGCAAGCUUUAACCAAGUCACUGAAGACGCUGCCAUCCAACGGGCUGGGUUUGUUGCUGCGACAGUCGACUAUGAAGCCAAAAUUGCCGAGCAAAAGGACAUGCACGCCAAACUCGUCGAAGCACAAGAGCACAAAACGCAGUUGGCUGAGAAAGAGACCGCGGAGGCCAAGGUAGUUGCCGCACAGUUGGAGCAACAAGUCGAAACGGCACGGAAGGAGGCACAAGAGAUGAAGCAACGAUUGCGUGAUGCUGCUUCCGCAAGUCCGAAUGGAGAGGCGAUCGUUCUCCAGGCACGGAUGGAGGAACUAGAGAUGGAGAACUCGAAGCUUCAAAGCCGGGGGAGGACACUGCAGAAGCGAUACGAAGUCGGGGAUUUGAGUGAUUCGGAGAAGACGUUUGUCAACUCUUUGAUGCAGUUGUCGAAUUCCGCCCACGAGCAAGAAAUGGUCACGAAGGAGAACGAACUCCGGAGACGCGAGAACAUGAUUAAUUCGCAACAGACCCAGAUCGACGAGUUGCGUUCGACGCUUGCACGUCUUUUGAAGGAACGCGGUAAAGAGAGCGACGGCGCGCCGAAAGGGAAGUCGAUGAUCGACCUGAAUGUAUGGGUGUCGUCUUCCAGUCCACUCACACAGGCUGAAGAUGGCAAGGAGGCGCCGCCGAAAAAGGACGUUAAGCCGCCUCCCUUGCAAAGCAUCUCUGCCAUCAAUGCCCAGAACAGCGACGACGACAUUAGUGAAGACUCCGAGGACGACAAGAAGCCGCCUGUGACACUCGGCAAGCGGACGCGCACUCCGAACGCUGACGCCAAUUCCAGUCGACCAGCGCGCCGUCAGCGCGCGACAACGGGCACUUCACGCAAGGCGGAUGGGGAGGCUCGCAAGGUUGAUGGGGAGAAGAAGGCAGUUGGGACGGAGACGACGAAGAACAAGCAAAGGAAGCGUAGAUAA